UUUUGAUGAAAUCACAUUAAUUCAAAUUUUAUUUUAUGAAAUAUUUUAACGAUAUAAUUUUUACAACAUCAAUAUUUAUCAUUUUUAAGUUCCAGUGUCUAUCAUCUUGCUAUUUAUGGUACAUAUUUGAGCUUAAAAAUUAUAUCUCAUAAAUGAUGAUCUUGCUCUUAAUAGGAUGGAGAUGCAGGUAAACGGUCUUUACUCGUCCUUCGAUUCUGGGCAAAGUCGGUGCUCUCGAGGAUCGAAGAAUAUACUCCAAUUGGUUCCGGAAUCUCGCGGCGAAUUGCAGUAUUGGAGACAACAUGGAUGAGAUUCCAGAACCUUCAUCCAGAGGCAGAAAACGCCUCCGGGACCAAGAAGAUACCGAGCUCCAAUGCAGCGAUCUUGAUCAGACUCUAUCCCUAGAGGAAAAUCUUCCAUUUAGCGAUACACUGGUGGCGCUGCGCAUGAUGCGAGGUCAGUUCCCGCACAUUGAGAAGGUCGCAAUUCAGCCCUUUGUUUUAAGGUCACAAUUGUACAGCAGCGUAAAGGACAGGACGCAAGUGGAUAGAGAAUUGGAGGUCUGGUUUUUGGCCUUAAUUUUGAAGAAUUUUGUUGAGUCCAGAAUGGGGUACCAAUAUCUGGCGAUUAUUUCAGUUAUUUAUUAUCAUUUCCCUUUCUAUAGAUGGUGUUUAAGAAGAGAGAAAGUAGUGCGCAUUUUCAAAUUAAAUACUGGACAGGAUGAUCAUGCUGUAAUGUUUCUGGAUGACUAUCUAAACCAGAUAGAAUGUGUUGUGAAAAGACUGGGAGAAAAGAAGCAGGGUGAUCUUGAAGUUUUUAAAUGGUUUAGAACACAUGUUGUGGAUGCUAAGCUGGAAUCUAGUAUAGAACAUCAAGAGCUUCAUACGCUCUUAUCACUUGGGGGAAAGGUUAAGGAUGGACACAUCUCCCUUUUAAUCAAUGCUGGCCUUUUUACUCGUCAGCUUAUUGAUCCAAACAUGUACUGGUUUGCAAUUCCAAAUAUUGGUUCAGUGCUAAAGGGUCUCUCUCAGGGAAGAAAGGAAGUGCUUUCUUUUCUAAACCGCAGGAGAUACAAAGAGAUGAUGUUAACUUCUAUGGAGAAGAAGCGUCUCCGGUUGUCUCCACUUGAUAUGAGAUUUCAUCUUCGUGAUCUGAUUGGCUCUGGUCACCUCAAAACAAACCAGACAUCAACUGGCUUAGUUGUUCAAGUGUCCAAAGAUUAAAACCCCAGGAAGACACUAUCUCUCCUCUUGGGUCCAUCUGAUGAUGACAAUACUUCUCUUGGUUGUCAAUCUUGAGAAGAGGUAAAGUUUCUUAUGCUCUGGAAUGAUAAGCUACCGAUACUAUCCAUAGAUUUACACGUGGUGAUUAAAGUGACUAAGAUACACCCAUAGGAAAUGUUUGGUUCACAAAGAGAUCCCACAAAAUAAAACUUACAAGCUGAUAUGGUUAGUUGUGGUGCAUUAGAUUAUAAAACUAUAUUCAUUAUAAAACGGAUUUAAUAUAUCACAUUUAGUUACAUUGAUUUAUGAAAUUACUUUUGUGAACUUAA